AUGGGUUGCUGUUCUUCCAAACCUGAAGCUGUGGCAAGCGAUUCCCCUCGAAAAUAUACUGUAACCAACGAGGUUGUGAGUACACCAAUUAAUACGGGGCGAUACAAUAAACUUGGCAUUAGCACAACCGAUCCUUCACUACUUAUCAAAGGUUACGAAGAUGAACCUUUACUUUCACUUGAAGAAGCGCUCAAACCUUUCGAUGGCAAAAUUUCCCAUUUGGAUAAUCAAAUUAAGGAAGCAAAAUCUAAUUGUCAUUAUCCAUCAGAACAUAAUCUUACCCGUGAUGAGUCUGCUGCUCUCUAUCUUUAUUUAAUUCAUGAUAAGGGAGACACUGUCUACAAUAAUUUGCAAAAAUCAUGGGACUUAAACGAUCGAGAGCAAAUGAAACCUUGGUUCAAAUAUCUCAAGUUACUAAAGAGUGGACUGAACAAGCUUCCCGAUGCAAAAACAGAAGUUUGGCAAGGUACACAAUAUGACAAGGACGCAGAAAAAAUACUUCAAUCGAAAUCAUUACAAUUAUAUGCUAGUAUGGGAUUGAGUUCACCCACAUAUCAACAAGUAAAGAGCGAUCUUCAGGGAAAGUCAGGAUCAAAAGCAAUACUUGUUGGAUAUCAGCAUGUUGAUGGAAAAGAUGUAUCUGGUUAUGGUCCAAACACUCAAAAAGAAACUAUGAUAUGGCCCGGAGUCAAACUAAAUCGAGGAAAACAGAAUGGACUCGAUAAGAAUGGUUCUCUGAUUUUUCAUCUAACUGGAAAAUCUAAACCUGUCGAACCACCACCAGAUAACUCAUCGAAUCAAACACCAAGACAAGAAUCAGACACAAAGCAUUUUGUAUGUCCAACAGAAAAAUGUCAUAAUGGUUGCCGUGGUCGUCACCCUGAGGGUCAUUGCUAUGGUUUUGAACGAGUUAUGCAUAAAUGUUCACAUCAUUGUGGUCCUGUACUUACUUGUGCUACCUCAUUCCAGUGCAGCCGAAUGACAUCUGUCGUCCACAUUCAUAUAUUAGAACUUGCAAAUGAUCCAUCCAAACCAUGUAGAAUCUGUUUAGAUAAUGAUAAUCCAAGUAACUUAAUUAGUCCAUGUUUAUGUAGUGGUAGUCAAGCAUAUGUUCAUAGGAAAUGUUUAAAUGAUUGGCGAUCAAAAAAUGCAAAUGGACAAGCUUUUACAUAUUGUGAUAUAUGUCAAUUCAAUUAUAUAAUUGAAACUAUUAUCAAUGAUCGAAAAGCUGAUAGAAAACGGCUAUUAAAAUAUUAUUUAUAUGUAUUUCGUGAUUUAAUAUCGAUUAUUUUAUUAAUUCAAUUAAUUAUUAUUAAUUUAGCAUUUUUAUUAAAGACUGUGGAUAAGAAUAGUCAUUAUAUUAAAAAUCUAUUUCCGAAUUCAAUCAAUGAAUUUGUCGUUUAUUAUCUAACUGCUUUUAUAUUAUUAAUGGCUAUUUUUGGUCUUUUUAUUUUCAUUAUCUUAUUUUAUAUUGGUGAUUUAGACAGACAUAAUUGUAAUUCAACUAGAAAGAAUUCUUUUAAUUAUAAUCAAGAAAGUGCACUUGAAAUUUUGUUCGUUAUUAUUAUUAUGGUAUUAAUAUGUGCUUUCAUUGGUAUGUUCAUUGGAAUUAUUUUAAGUAUCAUUAUUUCGAAGAAAAUCAUGAAACAUCAUACUGAGAAAAUAUGGUUACAACAAGAAGCAGAAAAAUAUAUUGUUCAAGAUUUUCAAGAAAGAAGACAUGAAUUAGAAAACUAUAAAAAAAAUUUGCCCAGAGAAUGUUAA